GAGGAGUUCUUGGGGCGCGCUAAGAGUGGCGAUGACUAAGCGGGGAGCAGAGGCAGUGGCCUUCCAUACGCCCUGGGAGACCUUCGUGUCUCACAGGCCAUCGAAACGAGGGCGGAGCGAACCUGGGCUAAGGGAGGUGCGAUGUGGGAAAACGCCCUGGAGCGGAGGCGGCUGCAAGAAACGGAAGCGGGCGGAAGAGGACGAGGAAACUUCUGGAAAGGGGCCCACCGCCUUGAAGCGGAGCAGACCUCAGGAAGAGCAGGUGCCUCUGGCAAGUACCAGUGGCUGGGAAGGAACGAGGACGCGGCGGCAAGAGCAGCCUGGAACGCUGCCGGAGGAUGAAGAGGAGGCUGGAUCGGGAGAAUCCCCAGCGCAUCCUUGGAACCCCAAAGCAUCGAUGGCUGAAGAGCAUCAAGAUGACGUUUGGCACUACAACUCCUUCCAGUAUUGGAGGUCUCCAUUACCUGCCAUUGAUUUGUCUGAUAUUCUCAAUUUAGAAAAAGAGAACACGGUCAAAACAAGACACGCUAGCAGGUCUGGCAUUUCAGAAAUGGAAACUUGAAAAAUGACCUAUUGGCAAAUGUAUUUGCAGAAGCUGGUGUCUGUUUAGGUUCUAUUAUUACUUGAGGAAAGUAAGCAGAUGUGUUAAUUCUGGUGAAGAAGAGUAUGUUUUGAAGAAGAAACAACAGAAUUCAUCAGUAAGCCAACGGCAUACAGAAAGAAGAGAGAAGAGAUGGCACUCAGAUGACUGUGGGAUUAUUUGAAAACAGAUACAUAGAGAGAAAUAGAUGACUUUGUAGCUUGAAAAAUGAACAUCACAGGUGAGGAAGGGUGUGUUAAUGUGUGGCUGCAGUAUAUUAAUGAAGUUUUGAAUCUGUCUUCUUUGUUAUUGUUAGAUCAGCUUAACCAAAAAUAAAAAUAAGCACUUCUAUGCAAACUGAAAUUUAGACUGGCAAUUAUUUGCCUGCAAGAAUUGCCAUUGUAUAACUUUUUAUUUAUUAUUGUUUGAGGAAUCGCUAUGCUUCUUCCUCUUCUUUUUUGUAGAAGUAAUCAAGAAGUGUUAUGUUUUAUUCUGUGGACUAUGAUUGAUAAAAAAAGUGAAUUAUUCAA